ACCCCGCGGCCGCAGGAGGGCCCAGCGCCGCCGCCCGCGAGCUCCCAGGGCCCGGCCCGCUCCGGCGCCCGCGCUCUCGGGGCGGACUCCCGGCCCUCCGAGAUCUCCCGCCCGGCGAUGGCCCCGCUCGGAUAUUUCAUAUUCCUCUACGGCCUGAAGCAAGCGCUGGGCAGCUACCCGAUCUGGUGGUCCCUGGCUGUUGGGCCCCAGUACUCAUCCCUGGGGACACAGCCCAUCCUCUGCGCCAGCAUCCCAGGCUUAGUACCCAAGCAGCUGCGUUUCUGCCGGAACUACGUGGAGAUCAUGCCCAGCGUGGCAGAGGGCAUCAAAAUCAGCAUCCAGGAGUGCCAACACCAGUUCCGGGGCCGCCGUUGGAAUUGCACCACUAUCAACAACAGCCUGGCCAUCUUUGGCCCUGUGCUGGACAAAGCCACUCGGGAGUCCGCCUUCGUGCACGCCAUCGCCUCUGCCGGCGUAGCCUUCGCGGUGACGCGCUCUUGCGCCGAGGGCUCCGCUGCCAUCUGCGGCUGCAGCGGCCGCCAUCAGGGCUCGCCCGGUGAGGGCUGGAAGUGGGGCGGCUGCAGCGAGGACAUCGAGUUCGGCGGGAUGGUGUCUCGGGAGUUCGCAGAUGCGCGGGAGAACCGCCCAGACGCUCGCUCCGCGAUGAACCGCCACAACAAUGAGGCUGGGCGCCAGGCCAUCGCCAGUCACAUGCACCUCAAGUGCAAGUGCCAUGGGCUCUCGGGCAGCUGCGAAGUGAAGACCUGCUGGUGGUCGCAGCCUGACUUCCGCGCCAUUGGUGACUUCCUCAAGGAUAAGUAUGACAGCGCCUCAGAGAUGGUGGUGGAGAAGCACCGCGAGUCGCGCGGCUGGGUGGAGACCCUGCGGCCACGCUACACCUACUUCAAGGUGCCCACAGAGCGCGACCUGGUCUACUACGAGGCCUCGCCAAACUUCUGCGAGCCCAACCCCGAGACGGGAUCUUUCGGCACGCGAGACCGCACCUGCAACGUGAGCUCGCACGGCAUAGACGGCUGCGACCUGCUGUGCUGCGGCCGCGGCCACAACGCGCGCACCGAGCAGCGGAGGGAGAAGUGCCACUGCGUCUUCCACUGGUGCUGCUACGUGAGCUGCCAGGAGUGCGCGCGCGUCUACGACGUGCACACCUGCAAGUAGAGGGCGUCGCCAUCGGCGCCCGCGGGUUAGAGCGCCACCUGGCGGGGGCGGGGCCCUCCGUGGGCGGGGCUGGAGGCGGGGCUCUGAGGUAGCGCUCCCCCGUGGGCGGGGCUGGAGGCGGGGCUCUGAGGUAGCGCUCCCCCGUGGG